AUGCCCCUGCGCGUGUCUUUCGGCUCGCUAUGUAGCCGCUGUUCGAUAAAUAAACUGCAAUUUUUCACUUUCCGUGCUCAACACCAGCAGUUCCCUCAAUCCCUAUUAUCCCUCCCCUCCGUCCCGCCUCUCUCCGGGUAUGCCCAACUUCCAUCUCGAGCUCUCAUCGCUGUAACCGGGAGGGACAGCACAACUUUCCUCCAGGGACUAAUAACGCAGAAUCUCCUUACCUCACAAAAUACCCCAAUACCGAAAACAGGAUUUUACGCAGCAUUCCUCAAUGCACCCGGACGUGUUCUAAAUGACGUCUUUAUCUACCCAGUCCCGCCAAAUGAUAGUUACAAUGGCACCCCAGACCUCGCAUAUCUUAUAGAGGUAGACAAAAAUGAGGUUACAAACCUGCUGAAACAUCUACGGAAACAUAAACUACGCUCAAAGCUGGCUUUCCGUGCCAUGGAUGAUGGGGAGCUAUAUGUAUACGGCCUGUGGAAUGAGGAGGAUGCGGAUCUAUUAACGGAAUAUGAUAUUGAACUCGAGAAUGGAAAAUCGCCACCGUUUACAUGUACUGAUACACGGGCUCCGGGGUUUGGAUUCCGCCUUCUCGCGCCUGAAAAGGUCGUGAACGAGCAGCCGAUCAUGCCGGGGGAGAGAGUCGAUUUUGCCACAUAUAACUUGCGACGUAUCCUACAUGGAGUACCAGAGGGUCAAGGCGAGAUUAUCAGAGAGUCUGCAUUACCGUUGGAAUGCAACAUGGAUAUAAUGGGCGCCAUUGAUUUCCAUAAAGGCUGCUACGUAGGGCAGGAGUUGACCAUUCGCACUCACCAUAGAGGCGUGGUCCGCAAGAGGAUAUUGCCCGUGCGGUUUUAUGACAUUAAUGAUCCGAUGCCCACCACCGAUACGCCGGAUUAUUCUUCAGAAUCUAAACUGACCCUUCCGCCAGCUGGAGCUAAUAUAUCCAAGGUAAGCUCAAGAAAGGGCCGGAGCGCUGGCAAAUUUCUAUCUGGCGUGGGGAAUAUCGGGCUUGCGCUGUGUCGGCUGGAAAUGAUGACGGAUAUUUCUUUUACGGAGGAAUCCUCUCAAUAUAAUCCCGAUCAGGAGUUUAUGAUAUCCUGGGAUGCUGAUGCCGAGGGAGGGGUUGAGAGGGCUGGGGAGUUGAAAGUAAAGGCGCUGGUUCCGCCGUGGACGAGGGAUUAUAUAGUUAGAGGAGGGGCGAAGGACCCAUCGGUUCCCGCUCCCAAGAGCAAUGAGGAGAUUGCGGAAGAGGUCGAAAAGCUGGAAGCUCAGAUUGAGGAGAUUGUGCAACAGCGGAAGGCCUAG